AUGAUGCCAUAUGAGGCUCUUUACGGCAGGAAGUGUAGGACCUCUCUCUAUUGGUAUCAUGAUGGGGAGGCAGUGCUUGUUGGACCAGAGUUAUUAGAACAAACCACCGAGAAGGUGAGGAUGCGUAGGAAGGGCUCUUCGCACAAGGAAGCUUUCGAGUUUCUUGGUUCAUAUAAGAUCUCCAAGAGGAUUGGACCGGUGGCAUAUGAGAUAGCUUUGCGUCCUCAGUUGGCAAACCUUCAUCUAGUGUUCUACGUCUCACAGUUGAGGAAGUAUGUGUUCGAUCCGGCUCAUGUGUUGGAAGUCGAGGAUAUACAGAUAAGAGAGGAUCUCACUGUGGAAGUGCCACUCAUUGCCUUGGAGGAGAGUCGAGUUGAGGAACGUAAGAGAAAACCAGUCAGUCUCGUCAAAGUCAUCUGGGAUCGGAGGACUAGUGACUCUUCUUGGGAGUUGGAGGAGGACAUGAGAAAAUCACAUCCACAUCUUUUUACCUGGUAA